AUGGUGACAUUCUCUAAGAGACGAAAGGGUCUCUUCAAGAAAGCCCACGAGCUCCACUGCCUCACGGGAACCGACAUCGCCGUCGUCGCAUUCUCUCCGGCCGGCCACCCGUUUACUCACGGCGAGCCCUCCUUUGAAUCUACCAUCGACAAGUCAUGGUUGGAGGGCAUAAAAGUGGAAGCUUGUGAGAGUGUUGAUGAUCUUGUUUUGGUGAAGAAUGUGGCGGAGGAGAUUAGGAACAAGAUUUUGUUUCGAGCCAUGGAAGUUGAUGAGGAUUUUGUUCGGUCUUUGCUGGCUUAA